AUCAUCAUCACACUGUGUCCUAAAUAAUUUGCAUCUUCAUAUCGUAUAGUAAAAGAAGUGUGACAAGUGUGAAAAGACGAUUAGUGUAAAAAUAUAUUGGUGACCACUGACACUGUGUAUGACGCCCUCUAUCGUUUCCGUAUGGAUUACAUUGAUAAACAGUGAAAACUUUGGGACGAAAGUUUCCUUCAUCCGUGGUCUGGUCUGAGAUAAACUGAAGCUGAAAUUUAACAGUUCUGAAAUAAUUUUACUAAUACUAUCAUAAUCAUUGUGAUUGUCGCACAAAGUAACGCAAUGGCUGAAAGCGGUACGCCAGAGGACGACUUGAGUGUGCCUCGCGCAGCCCUUAACAAAAUGAUCAAGGAACUCCUACCCUCAGUCCGAGUCUCCAACGACUCACGAGAACUCAUCUUGAACUGUUGUACGGAGUUUAUCCAUCUUCUGUCUUCGGAGGCGAACGAUGUGUGCAACAAAAGUCUCAAGAAGACGAUUUCACCCGAACAUGUGCUGGCAGCUCUAGAUAGUUUGGGUUUUGGUGCGUACUUGGAGGAGUGCAAGUCCGUUUUAGAAGAGUGUAAAACGGUUGCUGCUAAGAAGAGACGAGCGAGCAACAGAUUAGAGAACCUUGGCAUACCGGUGGAAGAGUUGCUAAGACAACAGGAGGAACUCUUUGCAAAGGCAAGAGAGGAGCAAGCAGUGAUUGAGCAGCAGGAAUGGGUACAAUUACAGGCCGCUCAACAGCAGCAGUCAUUAUUACAACAGCAGCAACAGCAAGCACAGCAGGUGCAAACAGCAACAAGCCAAACAUCCAACAUGCAACAUGAUGCAACGUGACUCGGAGCUACUCAAUCCCCUGGACAAACACCAAUAACCAUGGCAAUACGCAGUCAGACCUCACUCAUGAAACGCCCUCUAUCCUUGGAAUAGUCGCAACGUGUAUAGCGUCAUACUAAAACAGCAGCAGCAGCAGCAGCAAGCACAGCAGGUGCAAACAGCAACAAGCCAAACAUCCAACAUGCAACAUGAUGCAACGUGACUCGGAGCUACUCAAUCCCCUGGACAAACACCAAUAACCAUGGCAAUACGCAGUCAGACCUCACUCAUGAAACGCCCUCUAUCCUUGGAAUAGUCGCAACGUGUGUAGCGUAAUACUAAAACAGCAGCAGCAGCAGCAGCAGCAAGCACAGCAGGUACAAAAAGCAACAAGCCAAACAUCCAACAUGUAACAUGAUGCAACGUGACUCGGAGCUGCUCAAUUCUGUGGACAAAAACCAAACCUGGAAUUUCAUCUUUAAAAGGGCAAGGCCAUUUUCACUUUGUAAUGGCUCCUCCUUUGGUAAAUAUUUAAUUAUAUGGGAAACUUUUGAAGGGGCACCAAAGCCAAGACCAGGGGCAGCAGAGGCCAUGGCCUCCAGAGCUAUAUCCAGAGCCUCUGUGUUGUUUCAAGCCUGAAACACCACCAUGGCAAGACGCAGUCUGACCUAACGCCUGAAAUGUUUUGUACUCAUUUCUCAAAAACCACAGCACCUCAGCAACUUAUAUUUUAAGGUACGCUUUCUACUAUCAUUAUCUUCAAAUGGUGAAAGUUUAAUGUACAUUGUGUUUUGUGUUAAAAAAAGAUACCUAAAUCCUUUAAUUGGUUAUCAAUCUUAAAAUGAAUGGCAAUAAAAACUUUUAAAAUUUACAUGGCUAGAAGUUUAGAAGCUUUUGUUUCUUUAAAGCCAUUAUACACUUUCGGAACAGAAUAAAAGUUCACAGAUUUACA